AUGCCGGAACCCGACAAGCGCGCCGCCGCACAGCAGGCCGUCGAUAUUCUGCACGAGAUAUCCACCAUUCUCGCACACGUGCAGAACUGCCACCUCGAUCGCAAGACACUGUCAAUAUGCAUCGCGCUGAUUGAGCGCGGGGUAAAUCCAGAGGCCUUGGCGCAAGUCAUUCGGGAACUCCGCCAGGAAGCACAGCUCGUCGAGCAGGACAUGGAGAGGCAAUAA